GCCGCCGGUUACUGGUUAGUCCGUGGGGAGAGCAUGGACGCCGCACUCGUCCCGUAGUUGUCGUGCUUGCUGAUAGUUUUUUGUAGCGAAGUGCUGGUGGGAGCAGACGGACGCGGUGUGAUGGACCCAGUCUGUAUCUGACCAUCACAACGAAAAUGCACAUCCUGGAAAUAGGAGCCGACCAUGAAGAUGAGAGCGGCGGCGCUCGCAUUGCGGAGGCUGCGUUCCGCACGGUGCCGCGUGACCACACUACCUUCCUCGUAUGGAGGGUUUCGGAGUCCGGGACAGAAAUGUUGCCGCGCACACACUACGGCACCUUCUACGAUGCCGAGGCUUACCUCGUGUACUCCUGCUCGUUGACGAACCAGCCCGCCGGACCAGACGUUAUUCGUCGCGAAAUCAAAGAAAAAGAGAACGGCAAUGGUGAGUUUGCUGAGCGUCAUAUCCACGCGUGGGCCGGCGAGAGGAGCGGCAACCUCGCGGCUCUGGCACUCCGACGGGGCACUCAGCUCGCAGCCCACCUGGGGGAACCCGUCGUCAUACACCGCGAGGCAGCCACUAAGGAAACACCACGACUACUGUCUUACUUCCGUGAUGGCAUCAGAAUUCUUCGCAGCGGUUCUGGCACGUUAAACGGCGGUGGCCGCCUAUACCGAAUACGUGGCCGUAGGCCAGUUCUUCUCCAACUAGAACCCGUAUCUUGGUCCCAUCUCUCCGCUGACGGAGUCUUCAUCCUGGAUACAUCAGCACUUCUCUUGUUGUGGCUCGGUAGAGCAGCGAAUUUGGUUGAGAAAAUAUUUGGAGCUAAGAUCGCAUACCGUAUGGCAAGAGGCGCAGAAAAGGGUAUGACUGCGCGUCGCAUAGCAAUAGCUCAUGAUGGCUACGAACAGACACUGCCCCCAAGCGACCGCGCUCUUCUCGAUACUCUACUGGAACUGCGUGCUCGCUCAGUGCGCCCAGCAUCUCCACCUUCAGAUCCACCAAGAGCAGCUCGUUUGUACAGAGCCACUCAGCCACCCAGAGUUUCGCCAAUAACAAUGCCCUCCCAAAGACCUGCCGCUAGACUGGAAGAGAUCAGACGUGCACCACUGCAUAAAGAGGAUUUAAGCGAUGAUGGUGUAUACAUCGUGGAUAGUGGCAGCCGGGGAGUAUGGGCGUGGGUGGGACCAAACGCUACAAAUUCUGCAGCACGUGGUGCGUUAGCAGCAGCAAGGGGCCUAGCACGGGCGAAGAGACUCGUAGUGCCAGUAUCAGUGGUAACAGCAGGACGAGAACCCCUUGAAUUUGCUGCCCUAUUUCGCAAUUGGCGCUGGUGUGACGCCCGUCGCGACAGCAGACUGCGAGCCGCGCGUUCUGCUACUACGAGACUCGAUGCCGUCAGUCUGGCUUCCAACUCAUGGCUCGCGGCUGAGGCUCAACUCCCAGACGACGGUUCUGGCGCAUUGCGGAUGUGGCGCGUACGCCGAAUCUCAGAGGAUGAGUGCUCUAUGGUGGAGGUGGAGCGACCGCAAGCGGCAGUCUUCUACGAUAGGGACUGUUAUAUUGCUCUUUAUACUUAUCACGCACCUACUGGGGAACAGUCUAUACUUUAUUACUGGAUGGGUGGCUCUUCACCAAAUGAUCUGAGGAAUUUGGGCGCAAAAGAAGCCAAAGACCUCUAUACGAAAUUGGGGCGUCUUCCCGUUCAGGCAUGGGUAUACCAAGGCAAAGAACCAGCGCAUUUCCUUCAAAUAUUCAAAGGGCGAAUGAUCACUUACGUCGGCAGUGCUGCCGAUUAUGAUCCAACUGGACGUCGUGUAAUGGCACCAGCCAGGGUUCUCAUCAGGGUAUCCGGUCAGUACGCGCGGGAGGCUCGCGGCGUGGAGGUACAGAACGCAGGGCUUACCGACGACCGUGGGGCUUGCUACAUACUGCGGGAAAACGCGAGGGUCUGGGUCUGGUGUGCAGCGAGCGCGACCGGUGAUGAGAGAGAAGUCGCCAAAAAUAUGGCGGCUGCAGACCACAUACUCGUCAUGCAAGGCAAAGAAAAACCCGACUUCUGGAAUGCAUUGGGUGAUCGGCGUCACUUAUUGGUGGCAUCUCCUUUGAAAGAAGUAGAGCGCCCGUUGCCUCCUCGUCUUUUCUACGUCUCGCUAGGAGUGCCUGGCCAGUACACUUUCGAGGAGAUAAUUUCGUUCAACCAGUACGAGCUGGUGCCGGAGAUGGCGUGCGUGCUGGACGCGCACCGCGCGCUGUUCGUGUGGCUGGGCGCGCACUGCUGCCCGCGCGCCAAGGACGACGCUCGCGCCAUCGCACACGCUUACCUCGCGCUAGACCCUGCAUCCCGUGAUAUGGAGACCCCCGUACUUGUACUGAGCCAAGGUCGCGAACCACCGCACUUUACUGGCUUUUUCCCGCAUUGGAAACAAUCUAUGUGGAAGGGUCACAAGACAUUUAGCGCUAUAAUUAGCGCGUUGGAAGGCAAAGCGAUUGUACAGUGUGGCAACAGUGCACUGCAGACUGGUAACACAGCGAACUGCUUCGAUCAGUACGAGAAAUAUCCACUGUCUGUGCUGAGAGGACCGAAGGAACACCUGCCGCCUGAUGUCGACCCUUUGGCAAAGGAGCUAUACUUGACUCACGACGACUUCGUAUCAACAUUUAACGUGCCUUACAGCGAGUUUCGCUCUUUACCCGCUUGGAAACAAAAGGAUCUCAAGAAAGCCGUUGGUCUCUUCUGAAAACAUAUCUAUACAACAACCAUUACACAAAUCGAAUACCUAAAUAUUUAGAUGUUUAUUAUAGUUAUUUCAUAGUAAUAGUGAAAUAAAAUAGAUAUGUUAAUCAACUUAAAAUUUUGUGAAAAUCACAACUCAUUAAAAGUAAGAGAUAAUUGUGUUGCUUUGUAAACUUAUUUUUUAAGCAUAAAAUAAAUUAUUAUAGAAAUAAAUAGUUGUAAGAAACCUUAAAUUGUAAUAUUACUUAGUAUUGAAUACAUUAUGAAAAAUAUGCACUUGUAAU